AUGUCGACGCACGCUGGUGCUGCUGCUGCUGAUGGCGGUUGUGGUGGUUCUUGUGGACGAGGGGUGACGGGUUGCGUGAAGGUGAAGCGAGGCCUGAUGAAUGCAGACGACAAACGAGUCAUUCUGGAGGCCCAUAACGAGAUGCGGUCGCGGGUAGCCCGGGGCCAAGUUCGGAUGAUUGGCGACGACGAUGACGCGACGACGCUGAUGCCCACGGCUGGUGCCAUGGCCAAAAUGGUGUGGGAUGAAGAGCUCGCCUACUUGGCGCAGUCUUGGGCGGACCAGUGCAACUUCACCACUGACUGCGACCAGUGUCGAAGAACCGAUCGUUUGCGGUUUGUCGGCCAGAACCUGCUGCGAUUCCGCGGCCUGCAGUCGGCCUCCUUCGUUCCCCGCUGGAGCCUGGCCGUGGGCAACUGGGUCAGCAGCAGACGGGACCUGCCCCCGGGGGUGCUCUCCAACUACACACACGACGACACCUGGGCCUCGUUCACGCAGAUGAUCUGGGACUUCACCUACCUGGUGGGUUGCGGGUUCGCCUCGUACGAGGAACCCGCUGCCGGAGGAGGCCUGCUGGGCCGUGCCUUCACCCACUUGUACAUCUGCAACUAUGGUCCAGCAGGAAACGUGCUUGGCACUCCCGUGUACGAGGUCGGUGAUCCGUGUUCCAAAUGCCCGCCGAGUACUUCGUGCGACAAAGUCCGAGGACUGUGUGACUAUGAAGAGGACGAAACGCCUGCCGGCUUCAUUCCGAGUGCCAUCGAUAAUGACCAUCAUCAAGGGUGAAGUACUGACUAAGAUGAAAACGAAUCAAUGCCUAUAUAUAGCAAAUGCACUUGAAGAUUGAGGAGAUGGCUUAUUAAUGCUGCACAUGAUGUCGCAUUUUCAUCAAGCGCAGCAGGCGGCAACCGGAAUGUUAUCUGAACUUAUCGACUGAUUAGAUGUUGAUUUUUUUUUUCUCCGGGAAAAUGCGUCUCGAGAUGAUUCAUGCAUUCAUACCUUCGAAUAAUAUACUCCAGCCAGUCAAUGGGAUAACCAAGCCUGAUCAAUGAUGGCACGGUAGUUCAAUUUUUCAUGCUCCCUUAUGUAGACAUAAAUUCGACCGUGGGCUUGAAACAAAGUCACCUUUGAAAAAGAAUUCAGGCAUGUACUCAACAGUUUUGUUUCACAAAAAUCCCCAAGAUGGAAGGGAACCUUCCAAUUGCACAGCUGAAAAUGGUCUGAUUUCAACAAAAAUAUUCUCCCUUAUUAUAUUAGAACACCAAAAGUCAUCCAGAAGGUAAAAUGUGGCAAUUUCGAGAAAACCAGUCACAAAACCUGGUCCCUGCUGCUUCCAUGUCGGCAUCCCCCCUGGAUGCCAACCUGGAAGAAGGUUGGCAAACCCUGUGCUCAAACAAGACUACUUUCCCUUUCCUUUCCUGUCUGAAAGUAAAAGGAAAACGUGCAGCAAACCAAGGUUUGCAAACCAAGGUUUGCUGCACUCUGAAAUAAUUUUUGAAUCAUUUAGCCCUAUCAGGAACAUCUAUCAUAUAUCAGGAACAUAUUUUAACCUUUUACAUUUCGGUGAUGAAAGGGCAAUGAUGGAAAAAAAAUGCAACAGAACAGUGCCCAAGAAGUAAAUAUUCUCUUAAUCCUUCAGUCCUUCAAAAAAUUUAGCGGAAAUUUGUCUUUCUUGGAGGCCUGUGAACCAAACCCAAGUUAGGUUCCCAGGCUGAGCAACAACAUUCCAGCAAAGAAUAGCCUUUCUCUGAUAUCAUGUCCUUCAAAAUUUCCUUUUCUGAUUUCCAACAAUUUCAAUCUUCAGAAACUUGCAAUUGUGUUGCAAACCCAGGC